AUUCAGCCCUCAGGUGAUCAGGCUCUGCAUGCUUUUAAUUUGACUAGCCGGGGAUAUUUGAGAAAACGUUCUGAGAACAAACGUGGCUGAAUAUUGAGCGUGACACAGAGUGUCACAAACGCUUAAAGCUUCAGGUCCUUCAGCCAGCGGACGGAACGAGUGUUUUCCGUAGGACCUGGGACGCGAGAACGUCCUCGCCUGAACAAUAGCUCCUGGACCGGGCGUCCUGGUGGGGCGAAGGGGGUGAGAAGGCCGGGGCUGCGUCCGACAGCGGGAGAGGAGCGGCGGGAGCGGAGCGUGUGCGGCUGCGGCGCGGGGAGGCGGGCGGCGGGCGGGCAGGAGGCUGGUGCGAGCUGUUUGGCCACCGGAGCCAAUCGAAAGCUGGGGCUUGAUCCUCUUCUCGGGCAGCGGCUGAGAGGAGUCAGUGCCGAGCUCCCCUCCGCAGCCGGGACCCGGCCGAGCCGCCUCGCUCUCUCCCAGCACCGCGCUCUCCCACCGGGCGCCUAUGGGCAUCUGCAGAGAGCGAGGACUUCGCACCACCGCCAGCGGGCGAGGACCGCGACCCCGCUCCACCCCGCCUUUGGACCUAUAGCCGGCAGGACGGAGCGCGCUGCGGACCCUUCCUCGCCUCACCGCAGGAUGAUUUGGAAAUUGGCCGUGUCCAUCUUUUUGAUGGCAGCACUGGCUAGAGUAGCAGACAGCAGGAAGAACCGCCCGGCGGGGGCGAUCCCAUCCCCCUACAAGGACAGCAGCAGCAACAACUCAGAGCGGAGGCAGCAGCUGAACAAGGAGGUGCUGGCCUCCAGCCAGGAGGCCCUCGUGGUCACUGAACGGAAGUACCUCAAGAGCGACUGGUGCAAGACGCAGCCCUUGCGACAGACUGUCAGUGAGGAGGGCUGCAUAAGCCGCACCAUCAUCAACCGCUUCUGCUAUGGGCAGUGCAACUCCUUCUACAUACCGCGGCAUGUGAAGAAGGAGGAGGAGUCCUUCCAGUCCUGUGCUUUCUGCAAGCCACACAAGGUGACCUCCUCAACUGUGCAGCUGGAAUGCCCUGAGCUGGACCCACCAUUCCGACUCAAGAAAAUUCAGAAGGUGAAGCAGUGCCGGUGCAUGUCUGUGAAUCUGAACAACUCAGGCAAGAUGUAAGAAUAGCUGUGUGGCUGCUGCUUGCUGUUUUCCUGUUGUCCACAUCAGACAUCCCGCUGCAUCUCCUCUCCAUUGGGCAGACUGCCUGUUUUCUUGUUGUUUUUUUUUUUUCUUUUUUUCCCUGUUUAUUUUUUAUUUCGGGAGAUAUCUCUCCAGAAAGGAAAGGCUCCUUGUCAUGUGCCUACUGGAAUAAAGCUGUUUAAUGGGCUAUGUUAUGCACUUGAUCAUCAGGUUCAUUUUAUGUCUGGUAUCAUCUGACAGUUGAAUCUUACAGGGUGGAGCAGGCUCCUGAAGUUGAGACUGUGCAUCUAAGUGACCAGUUGGCUGAAUGCAACGUUAAAUGUUUCCACUGUGUGGAGUAAAGCCAUCUCCCUACACUCCAGUCCCCUCCACCAGAUGAGAUGCCUUCCCAUUAAGCUGUUCCGGGGCUUGCUGCUGUCACCAUGAUAGGCUGGGUUCUGCCCAAAUCUGGGUGAGGCAGACCAGGGAGAGCUACAAAGAGUAACAUACAAAAAGAGACUCUCUGACAAGGCUCGGCUUCUUGAGACACCUCUUACUGUGCAAUUGACAAACUGUUCCAAACUUGUGGUCUGAACUGCAGAUAAGAGCUGAAAGGGAGAGGGCGAAACGUCAGAUCAGCCGCCGUGAUCACAUCAGCAGCCUGAAGGAGGAUUCUUAAGCUGUUGUGGCUGGAAUAUACUGAACAUGUGGUCUCUGCAGCAGUGUUUGUUUUGUAACUUAGCUAUAGUAAACAGCUGCUUAAAGUAUUAUAGACCUAGCCAUGUAUAUUUUUCUUGUGACAGAAUAUGUCGGAGAUUAAAAUGUGGUAAGAGACUUGGUUGCUAGGUCAGCUGCCUGGCUUAAAAUGGAUGCAUUUUAACUGGGCUCUUGGUACGUUAAUGUGUUAGAUCUGCGCCUGUUUCUUACUCCAAAAAGGACAACAUCCAUUUAUUACCUUAUAUUUAUGCCUGCUCAGACUGGAGAACGUGGAAGGUGAUUGGAGAGGAGCUGAGAACACUAAUGGUGUGUUUCACUUAAGGUAUAAAAGCACUGUCGCACAAAGAACAAAAUUUGGUCAUUGCUGGACCGAAUGCAAAAGCUGCCUUAUUGUUCAGCGUCAUCAGGUGCUGGAAGUGACAUCUCUCCCAUGAUUGGAAACCAGGAAGAAGUGUUGAUGUUAAAGGAUAAACCCAUCAGUCAGUGCUGUGGGAAUAGGUCACAGUUGUAUGAGUAGGGAGAGAAAGUCAGCGCUAAUCACUGUGACACUGGUGGCCCACUGAGUGUUUGGGUUCUACAUAAUCCAUGGUGGUGAACACUUUGCAGUUAAUUUUGAUCAUACUGUGUUGUUAUUCACUUGGUGGAGUUUAGCAUGUCCUGUGUAUCCUGUUUGUUCCAGUUCUGAUCUGUAUUAGUACCAGCUGCAUUAAGAUCAUAAGAUGUCUAAAAACAAACCAGCCCCUUCCCCCAAACUGUAGCCCAUGCAUGCUCAAUCAUCUGAAGCUUACUAAUUAACAGUGACAAGUUGACUCCCCGAUGCAUGUCUUAGGGUUCAGGAUCUGCAUCUGCUGAUAACAGCUUGCUGUGGGAACCCUUUCCUUCCAGAUUCCUUACGUGCAGCCACUUCAAGGGGUUAAUGUGUUUAGGACUCUGGCCAACCAAGAGUUCAGUGCCAUAUUAUGUGAGACAGGCUGCUCUAAGAGGCUUUUGGGACUGAGCUCCACAAGAGCUCACCAAGCGGUUUAUGGGGAUUGGCACGGGCAGGAUGAGGUUGGUCAGGUGUGCUAGCCCUAUUAAGUGAACAGUUAUGUGUUUUCUUCUGUGAUCUUUCAGAAAUGCAGAGGGAGACCCCUCACAGUUGUUUUUUCAGAAGCUGGCAUUACUAUACUAACAGCAUCAUGCCAACCCCUGAAUGGAUAGUGUUCAUUCCAGGCCUGAUAGUGUCAGUGUGGGUGUGGGGCAAAGUGGAGAAAACUAAUCUGUUAUGACUCCAGUGAUCUCAGUCUCCACUUGAAAGAAACAAACUGAAAGUCAGUCAUUUUGGAAUGAGAGAGAGAAAAGCACUGUGGUAACUUCAGUUAGGAAUGAUGUGCAAGAAUCUUUAAGCUAUGCCCUGCCUGGGGUUUUCAUCAGUUUGCAAUAUGACUAUGCUGCAGCUUAAAGUUCCUUCUAGGAGCUAUGUUUAUGUAAAAACUGAGUUGAGCUUGUAAUGGUUAAAACUGUAUUUAAUUCUUGUUUUAUAAAUGAAAACUAAAAAUGAAGAAAUACUUUAAGUAUAAUGUAAUUAUUUUAUAGGUCUACUAUUAAAUUAUAGAUUAAAUAAUAAAGCUACUCUAGGGUUAUAUGGCAUCCAUAUGUACAGGCUUUGCUUCAACACCUUGUGUCCAGCUGCUUUUUAAUCAGUCUGUUUUCCAGUUUCCUUCUGACCAUAUGAGACACAAGUAAAUGGAUUGCCCUGACAGCUUGGGGAAGCCUAGCUACUUUACCCCUACACACUUCUCUAUUAAUCCCCUAUACUACCACUGGCUUUUUUGGUUAAUGACAAGAAGGCAACCAAAGUUCCACCACUAGCUGAACUGCUGGCAUUUACAUUCAGAGAAGAAGCUAUCGUCUGUUUUGCUCAAAAUGUAGGCAAAUCCUUACAUAAUAGUCACCAAUCUACACAUAGAAAUAAGUUUGUCUCUUAAGAUAUAGGUGAGUUUGAACCCUGGCCAUCAGCUCUUGAAUGAGUACAGUGUAUGCACGUCAAAGUGUAGAGUAGUAUCUUUGAUGCUGUUUUCCAACCCAAAGAAAAGAUUGUUGCAAAAAACAACAACAGCAAAAAACACCAAAAAAACCCAAAAUCAAACAUGAAGGAAAGCUUUAGCUAGGAAAGGGAUUUCUUACAGUGAGAGGUGAGCCUCCAUCAGAAGAGGUAUCUGUCAUGGAUAUUGAGAGAAACAGGAGUGCAUAGACUACAAUUAGCAAGGGGGAGCUACCUUCAUUAUGGCACUGUAACUAACAUAAGUAGGAGCCCACUCUCCUCAUCUCCCAAACUCUUGACCAAAUUCUCUCACAGUUCAGCAAAGAUACAUAUCUUUUUUAAGUAACCAGUUGUUUUUUCUGUUGUUAUUUUCUUUUUUUGUUGUUUUGAGAAUUCUACUGUGCUUUCACUAAGUAUGGUCAGAGCUCUCUGCUCAGAUCACAGAAUCACAGAAUUGUAGGUGUUGGAAGGGACCUCCAGAGAUCAUCAAGUCCAACCCCCCUGCCAAAGCAGGUCCCCUACAGUAGGUCGCACAGGUAGGCAUCCAGGCAGGUCUUGAACAUCUCCAGAGAAGGAGACUCCACCACCUCCCUGGGCAGCCUGUUCCAAUGCUCCGUCACCUCACUGUAAAGAAGUUCUUGCGCAUGUUUGUGCGGAACUUCCUAUGCUGCAGUUUCCAGCCGUUUCCCCUUGUCCUGUCUCCACUCACCACUGAAAACAGUCUGGCCUCGCCAUUCUGCCCCCCACACCUUAGAUAUUUAUAGACCUGGAUCAGGGCCCCUCUCAGUCUUCUUUUCUCAAGGCUGAACAGACGCAGUUCACUCAGCCUUUCCUCAUAGGUGAGAUGCUCCAGGCCCUUCACCAUCUUUGUGGCCCUCCGCUGGACUCUUUCCAAGAGAUCCCUGUCUUUUUUGUACUGGGGAGCCCAGAACUGGACGCAGUACUCCAGAUGAGGUCUUACCAGGGCAGAGUAGAGGGGGAGGAUCACCUCCUUCGACCUGCUGGCCACGCUCUUUUUAAUGCACCCCAGUAAGCCAUUGGCCUUUUUGGCCACAAGGGCACACUGCUGGCUCGCUGCCAACCUGUCAUCCACCAGGACACCCAGGUCCCUUUCCACGGAGCUCCCCUCCAGCAGGUCAUCCCCCAACCUGUACUGGUGCAUGCAAUUAUUCCUCCCCAGAUGCAAGACUCUACACUUGCUUUUGUUAAACCUCAUCCGGUUUUUUUCUGCCCAGCUCUCCAGCCUAUCCAGGUCUUGCUGAAUGGCAUGGAAUUGGCGUGUCAGCCAAUCCUCCCAACUUCGUAUCAUCAGCAAACUUGCUGAGGGUGGCCAUUAUCCCCUCAUCAAGGUCACUGAUUAAGACGUUGAACAAGACUCGACCCAGCACAGAUCCCUGAGGAACACCACUAGUUACAGGCCUCCAACCGGACUCUGCACCACCAACAACGACCCUCUGCGCUCUGCCAGUCAGCCAUUUCUCAACCCACCUCACUGUCCACUCAUCUAUCCCACACUUCCUCAGCUUUGAUAUAAGGAUGUCGUGGGGGACAGUAUCAAAUACCUUGCUGAAAUCAAGGUAGACUACAUCCACUGCUCUCCCCCUAUCCACCCAGCCAGAGACAACAUAUAGAAGGCUACCAGGUUGGUCAAGCACAACCUCCCCCUUGUGAACCUGUGCUGACUACUCCUGAUAACCUCCUCUUCUUCCAGUUGUCUGGAGAUGACAUCCAGUACAAGCUGUUCCAUCACCUUUCCAGGGACAGAGGUGAGGCUGACUGGCCUAUAAUUGCCUGGGUCUUCCUUCUUGCCUUUUUUGAAGACCGGGGUGAUGUUGGCUAUCUUCCAGUCUUCAGGCACCUCCCCCAUCCUCCAAGACUUCUCAAAGAUGACAGAAAGCGGUUCAGCAAUCACCUCUGCCAGCUCCCUCAGCACCCGAUGAGAUGUGAGAAUCAUAGAGUCACCCCAUUUGGAACGGACUCCUAAAGACCACUGAGCCCAACUCUUGAUGAGGCAGAUGCCCCAUCUUGCAAAUGCCUCAGUCAUUUGGCUUAAAAUGAGCUCAGGCAGCCACAUCCUCCAGCAGCCCACUCUCAUUUUUGCCCCUCUCUUGGCCAGUGUUUUUACUUAGCUUGUAGCUUCACUGCCCAGCACCCAGCUGAACUUCUGUCUGUGUUCCAGCUUGGUUGGCUCUCUCAGUCUCUUCCUGCCUUGCUGCUGAAGCAUACUAGAAGUUCAUGUGGUAAUCCAAUGAACUCCCUCUUGUGAAAACAAUCCAGAAGCAGGUGAGUCACCCUGGAUAGAUGGAAGAGGCACUCAGUCAGACGGAUCCAAUCUCUCUUAAAUGCAACUGGUGUUGUGGGACAGGGAAAAGGAGGGGAACAGCAAAUGUUAAGCUCUGUUGUGGAACUGCUGGCUUGGCAAGUCCCCGGUCUGUGAUGAGUGACACAUGAAGAUUCUUGAUUUCUAAGAGCUGCAGCUGGAAAAAAAAUAAAAACCAAAAAAACAAAAAAACCAAAACAAAGCAACAACAACAAAACCAAUUUAGAUUCAACAGAGUAUUUUUAUCCUCAGAAAGAUACCAUACUUCUGAGACAAUGAGCUUACCCUUAGAUGCCUUUACAAGUAGGUUGGAUGAAUGUUUAUUAGAUAAAGACAGAUCUGCCAUCAUCAAGGGAAUAGCCUGUAAAAUCCAUUCUGUAGUGUGAAUCCUUUUCUACUGAUGGGUACUGACCUGAAGGAUGUUGGGCAUUGCUUUGCCUUUUUCUGAUCAUUUCAUAUUGUCUUCAGAAGAAUUCAGCUCUGUCAGUUUUCACUUACUCUGUCCAUAGCAGUUCAAAAUUGGUGUAAGUUAUGUAACUGAUAUAAGGGAGUUGGCAUAAACAGAGCCCUACUUAUUAGCCUAGAGUAUGUAGCAAAAUAAUAGCAAUGCAAAGACUUGCUAUAUCUUCUCUUGAUGAAAUUAAUAGCUGCUUUCAACUUUUAAGCUGAUUACUUAAAAAAAAUCAGACAAGAAAAGAUGACAACCUAUGGAAGAUGUGACUACUCACGUUCCCAGUGCCACUGUUGGUUAAUACUUAACUGACUUUUGGAAGUUCUUUACAAAGAUGAAAGUUGCUACAGGAAAGCCAAACACUGCUGCGUCACAACAACUGUGACUAAGUACUGUCCUUCUGAAAGGUUUAAUUUGCAAAGCAGAGCAACAUAAAUCUUAGGUCAUCUUGAAAGGAGGAUCUUCUCAUACUCAGAAAGUUACAUCUGCUGCUUAGGUAUACAAGUCCUUAUUGAGCUGCUGCAGUUUAAGCAACUAUGAACGAUUUAUAUGAUGACAGCAAAGGCUCAGCAAGUGUAGCAUGUUUGAUACUCAAGUAAAUGGGGAGAGAGACCUAAAGGGCCUUUCCACUUUCUAAAAGCAAACAAAAUAAUGUUUUGAAUUCUGACAAAGUUCUGUGUGCCACUGAAAAAAGUAAUGUUGACUUACAUUGGGAUUCCACUCAUGCUGUGGGUCAGGCUGGAUGGUGCUCUGAGCAACCUGAUGUAGCUGUAGGUGUCUCUGUUCAUUCCAGGGGAGUUGAACUAGAUGGCCUACAGAAGUGACUUCCAACUCAAAUGAGUAUAUGAUUACAAUAUAUACACUGUAAAAGAUAUACGCAGAUAAUAUUUUUGAACACAUUUUUGCAAUAAUAGCAAUUUAGUAGGCAUGUGACACAGGCAGCACUAAUAAGAACAGGUUACAGGUGUGCUUCUAGUAGGAACAGUUAGGUUCCUCACAGGUAUCAAAUCAGCUCCACAGCAGUAAAGAAAUGUAUUUGAAUCAGCUAAGCCUAAUGCACUACUGGAGGCAUGCACAAGCACGGUGAGUGCAUUCCCGCUUGGGAAGAGGUAUUAUAUCCACAUAAGGACGAGUUACUGGUACUGUAACUGUAAUUGUAAUGUAAAUGGGGCAUCCAAAAGCCCCAUUUCCACUGAUCCCUUCACAUUAGUUUCCUGAUGAGAAGUGGCACUUAGUGCAUGGUUGCUAAAACUACAGCACAGCAUGAGAGUGAAGAGAGAAGGCAACUAUUUUGUUGUUAUUCCUUUUAUUUUCAUAUAAAUUAACAUUCUAAAAAAAAUUGAAAUAGAAACACUAAAUACAGUAUUGCACAUAGUGAUCUUUGUUAGAUGAUUAUUAUUUCAUUUAGUAUAAUUACAUACUGUAGGUACUGAAGGGAACAGGAAGGCUACAAAUGAAAACAUGCUACUGUAUUCUUGCACUUAGGAGCAAAGUUAAGAGGAAAAGACUACUGUUUACAUAAAUACAAACAUGGAUUUGAAUCAGUGCCAUUAAAAUAGCUUUAUUUUUUAAAGUUUUUUUUUUUUCCAUAAGUUAGUUGUAACAACAAAUAAUCUCUUCUCACUCCCCCAAAUAGUAAUGUUACUCCUGUCAACACAAAGUUUUAGAACUCCAUUCUUAGUAAUUUAUAUCCCUGACAGAAAUUAUUACGACUACAGAAUUUCAAAUAUGUUUGUCAGCAACAGGAGACUUACUUUUCACAUAGUGAAAAAAAAACCAUCUUUUCUAGUGCUUGGUAUAAGUGAAGAAUAACAGAUUCCUGAGGUCAUAUUUCACACUUCUUUUAUGACACUUGUAUAGUAUAGUAGCUUCUAGACAGGUAGGAAUGUCUGAUGAUGUGCUAGAUUAGACAGGGAAUAACGCACCCCCGCAGGUUAGACUUCAUUUGCUUUUUACUCCAGUGUCUUUCAGGCAGCAGGGCUGAAUGAAGCAUGUGCCUCCAACUCAGUAUUAAACUCUGGUUGCUUUCAGGAAAAGCGAGCCUUGAAAGCAGAACGUUAUCAAUCAGGCAGAUUGUUUUGGUGCUAUUUAAUCAUGACUGGAGGAAAGAGUUGUUAUUGGUUGAACAGAUCAAGGCUGAUAUAAUCAAUUCUAGAUUGCAAACAGAAAUAAAGCUUGUGUCAUAGAUUUCAAUCAUUAAUCUAGCAAGGGACACAGAAAGCCUGGAGGAAAACCCUGCAACUAUACUAAGUGUGAAAUUAAUGUCAAUUAGUUGGUAGUCUGUGUCUGUCACUAGAAUUGGCUACUGUUUUUCAUAUGUCAGUCCCCAUGUGCAUAUUUAACGGCUCUCUAAAGGAGUUUUAAAGUAACUGUGAAGCUAAUUCCAAAAGAGAAGUCAUGUACACGUGGCCAAAAGCCUGUGUGACUUUAUCAGCAGUUAAAUCUAUACUAUGCUUUCUAAAGUUCAUGUAAAAUUAUUAGCUGCUCUAUAUGUUAACAAACUAUAACAGCCAAAUCUCUCUCAUAUUCUCUCUAUAGUACUUCUGUGCUUUUCUGUAUUGUCUUGCUCCCUGCCUCCCCCCCCCCUCUUUAUUUUUUUU